AUGAAGGUCUUAUAUUUCUUAGCAAUGAAUUUUGUGACAGGCAACGGCCAGGCAUCUCAGAGAGAACGAAUGAUAUUCAACAUUCAAACGUCAAAGAACGCACUGUUCAAAUACACCGAGUUGGAGGAUCUGGAGAUGAUCAAAAAAUACUUCAACGAAGGGCACGCCAUCGAUGAUGCAACACCUGGCCUUACCCCGCUUUUCUACGCAUCUAUAAUGGGUAAACCAAAAUCUGUCAAACUUCUGCUUGAACUUGGCGCGGACUUUUUCAUACGAAACGAGCACACUGUUUCUCCUCUGCUCGGAGCUUGCCAGCGUAAACACGUCGAAGUCGUCGAAGUAUUCGAAGAGUUUGGCUUAGACCUGCAUCACUGGAGAUUCAAUGCGAAAAAUGGUCAAACUCCAUUCUUAGAAGCCUGUAAAAAUGGACCUGUUGAGUUGGUCAAGCCUUUUAUUGAACAUAAAAACAUUGACGAGGACAAACUUUGGGCCUGCAUUCAGAAAGCUUCGGACAAGGAAGUUUUAAAGGCCGCACGAAAAAACUUCAAUGGCUAG